AUGUCAUCCAGACCUUCACACGAUAUGCGAAUUAACGCGGUGAGUCUGAGGUCUGAUUCCUCCGGUGGAAAGAGUUGGUCCUAUUUGCGUAAUAAGCGAGAGACAGAAGUAGAGGAAAUCGUAUUACCACCACUGGAAAACAGUAGGAGUUUUAUUGUGAGUAGUACAGAAGGAAAAGAAAGUAAACAAGGCGAACACGAUACUGGCCAUAAUUAUCCCUUUCCAAAAUUUGAAACCGGGCAGGUCAUUCAAACCGUAACUUUACAAGAAGAAGAGAAGGAAGAAGGAAAUGGUAGUAGAGGCGUAGGAGUAGUAAGUGUGAAACGGAAUUCAGUUCUCUUGGGAGGUAGGGAAGCAUCUCCAUUAAAAAUAGCGUUGGCAGAAACUCCUAUUCUCCAUGCAGAGGAGGUUGUACCCGCUAAGAGUGUGGAAUUAGUACCCCUUGAUUGUAAACAGACGGGGGAAAAGAAACCUUUAUUGAGAUUCCCAACGUUUUGUAAAGAGAGUACUUUUAGCAGACAACACCGUCAGGCAUUAUUAUUUAAUUUAUUCUCACGAGAGAUGGAAUGUCGAGUGGAAAUAUGGAGAGAACACGCCGUGGAUUUCUAUACACUUUUUAUGGAUGAAAAUACCGCAAGAUGGCGUAUUAUGCGGCAGAGUCUCAGUUAUAAUUCCAAUUUUUUUUCUAUUGUUUCUACCAUGAUUGAAACCUUUCUAGACUUUCUUCUUUGGAAUGAUGUGGAUGAGCCCUUCACAGCAUAUGAUGAUACCCAAUUACCAGAGAUGCUGAUACCAAAGAAACCUGCAAAAGAUAAUACACGAUGGAGUUGGCGGCAAAUGGUGCGUCCAUGGCGGAGACAACGAGGGAGUAAUAAAGAUAAUACCCUUGUGGAACGUGAAACCCAUUUGAACAAUAAUAAUAAUAAUAAUAAUAAUAAUAAUAAUACUAGUGGUAGUAAUGUGGGAAAAGAACAAGUGAAAGUGGUAGAUCAUAAAAAAAUACAAGAAUAUCAACGUGUGAUGACUGCCUCACGUAUUUAUUUAUUAACACGUUUUUCCCAUCAUAUACGCUACGCUAUUUGGAGAGAUGUUCUCUUCUCCGCUUAUUCGAAAAAUAAUGCUUCCGUUUCCAUGUUACCAAGUAUUGAUGGUAGUAGUAGUAUUAAGAAUGGUGGUAGUUUAACUUCUUAUGGUAGUAACUGGACACAGUGGACAUCUUAUCUACGUUCUUUACGUAAUGUACCAAUGACAAUACGAUCUCGUUUAGGUGAUCGCCGCACUCCACCACGUGCGGAUGCUUUAUUUGCCACUUAUGAUCUUCUUCACCCAAAAAGUGCGAUGGUGGCAUCUCACAGUAAACGUAUUCCAUACGGCAGCACAUCCUCUCUCACUGGUCCCUACAACAACAACAACAGCAGCAAUGCGAAUAUUAAUAAUAAUAAUAAUAAUAAUAAUAAUACCGCCAACACUCCUGGUAACAACGGCCCCAAUUUCAUUGAUGAGGAUUCCAUGUAUUCUGCAUCUCUCUGCAGUGAUGCCUUACUUGGCGCCUCCUCCUCCGCCCCUGACGCCUCUCUGAUGUAUUCAUCCGCCUGUAGUCUCCCCUGGGGACACAACGCCUGUCUCUCCACCACAUCACAACCAAAGACACUGGCCACUCCCACAAAAGCAAUUGUACAAUAUCCAAGCAGCUCAGAACUCAUGAAUUCACGAGAUGUUGGACUUUGCGGGUUGCCACCAUCUCGUUCUAUUUACCCCAUGUGUUUUUCUUCCUCUAUGAAGUAUCUUCUGCUUAUUCUGCGUAUGGAGUAUUUUGCCCGUAAGGAGAUUGUUGUGUCGGAGUCUGCUAGGUUUAAUGGCCUUGCACACUUGGUCGAGCGAAGUAAACUGUGGGUGAGUACGAUACCCUCCACAUUCCUGAGAAGAGACUCUCGCUUGGGUUCAUUGUGUGUAUUUCGUCAGCGUAAUUUGGUUGCACAAAUGGUAGAAGAGAAAAGUAUUGCAGCCACACGAUAUGAGGGGGAAGUGCGUCUCCUGCUUCUUUACAGGGAUUUCUUGGAUAUUGUAGCCGAAGAAGAACGGGUUGCGAUGGAAUUUUAUGACUUUCUUCGAAUGGAGAGGAAUUCCUUUCUUGGGGUGGGUCAAUAA